AUGAAAUCGUGGCCCACGCUAGGGCAAACCUAAUUGCGACCGAUCUGCGGUCGACACCGGCAAGCGGCAAGGCAGCAACUGCCCGGCAGGCGGCGGCGGCGGCGAUGUCGGCGACUCGUGGCAGAAGCGGAGAAGGAGCCACCACAUCCGGCUGCGGCCUCAAGCGCCGCAACGCACCACAAGAUCACGAGGAUAGUGAGAUGAUGAAUCAAGAUCAGCUUUCCACCGAAGAUUGGUGUGGGCGAUUUUGGAAUGGGAUGGAAUUGCUCAAGGACGUCAACGAAAAAAAGCAUUUCCUCCCUACUGGACUUGAAGGCAUUGACACACUUCUUGGAGGUGGUCUGCGCCAAGGUCAGCUAACAGAGAUUACUGGACCGUCAUCUUCUGGUAAAACACAGGUCUGUCUACAUUCUGCUUCAAAUAUUGCAGCCAAGCAGAUGGGGUUGGUUAUGUACUUGGAUACUAGUAACUCCUUCUCUCCUAGUCGCAUUGCUACUAUAAUUUAUGGAAUCUCUGACCUAUUUGGUCAAAGAGGUUUUGAAUUGCAGACAAAGGAUGCAAGGCUCAAGAGUGUCAUGAAAAGCAUCAUCUGUGAGUCUGUGUUUGAUAUAUUUGCUUUGUUUGAAGUACUACAUCAACUUGAAGUAUCUCUGCUAAAUUGCAAGGUAAACAAUGGUGGUAGCAAAGUUUGUUUGCUUAUCAUUGACUCAAUAUCAUCCUUACUUGCUCCCAUCAUUGGAGGCAAGUAUCCACAAGGGCGGUCAAUGAUGAUAUCAGUGGCAAUGAUUCUAAAGAAGUUAGCAGAUGAGCAUAACCUGUCUGUUCUGGUAACCAAUCAUAUGGUUUCUGCUGGCAAUGGAGCUGUUAAGCCUGCUCUGGGAGAGAGCUGGAAAGCUGUUCCACAUGUCCGCCUGAUGAUAUCCCGUGAAUGUGAGAAUAAUAUCUGCACAGCAACUGUGCUGAAGCACACACUACUGGCUUCUGGCCGUACUGCAAAAUUUGUGGCACCCAGCUGACCCUCCUGAGAUGAGGAUCAUUAGCCGAAUGUUUGGUGGUUCCAGUCCCCAUCAUCCGUAGUGAGCGCCUCCCUUUUGGGCUUCACAUGGUGUUCGUAUGUCCUGUGAAGUUGAGCAGCUUGUGCAUAUAUAUGUACUUGGUUGUUGGAGUAGACUUUGUAUUUCCUUUUUCUUUUUUGCAACAAAUUGUAAAUGUAUCGAUAUUUCCUUUUUUGCCACAAAUUGUAAAGCUA